UGUUCACCUCUAGCCGGAAGAGCGCGGUUCUGACUUAACACUUACCAAUUCUCAACUCUUCAGUGUCGUUUCCAAAGUCCCAACUCCGACCUAAUCGGCUAAUCCAAUAGUCUACACAUUUCAGCAAAUAGGAUUAUGAUUCUGAAUUGGACCUCUCCUGCAUUUCUUCAAUGGAGGCCUCUACUUGUUCCAACCACCACAGCCUGCUUCGCUUCUUCUAAAACUCUCAACACAGACCAGCUCCGACAACAGCUGGAUCAUCUUCACAAGGAAGCCGACAAGACAAGGGCCAAAGCAAAUAAUGCAAGAUUGAGGCUACUAAGGUUGUCUGAAGCAGCAGAUAAACUUCGAAGGCAAGCCGCGAUUAGUGUUCAAUCUGGGAAGGAGGAUGAUGCCAGGGAGAUGCUAAUCCAAAAGAAGAAGGUUAUGCAAGCAUUGGAGAAGUCAAAGAAUCGCAUUGAAUUGCUUGAUGAGCUUGCUGCAAAACUUAAUGAGGCAAUAACUAUGAGGGAGACACAGCUGAUAGGAAAUGUUUCUUUAGACCUUGAAGUUGAAGCGGAAGAUAUUCCUAGUGCUGUUAGAAUAGUUUCUCCAAAAGAGACAGAUUGUAAUGAUUCAGACGGAAAUCGAGUCCACGCCCAGGAUGCUGUUGAAGUUAGUAAUGCUCAAGAACUGCAAUAUCUCGAUCACAGUGUAGCAGACCUCGAAGCUGAUAACCAGUUGAAUAAUAAUGAGGAGGCAUCGGCUAGUGGGAAUGCGUGGAAUGAAGCUGACAGGGUUGAUAGCUUGAAGGGAAUAUCCUCAUAUGAGGACUUCUUGGAACAUAUUGAUCUGAAGUUGAAAACAAUUGAAGAUGAACUGGUCACUGUUUUGAGAUUUUCAGGCUUAGUAAUUGAAAGCAAGGAGAAACUAGAAAAUUCAAAGAUACAACAACUGCUGGAAAUAUUCGAUAGUGUUCAUCGAGUCAGAGAGAGAGUAGAAGGGAUCAUCCAGAGAAAAACGGGCAUCAAAUGAGGCCUCAUGUUGCUAGCUCUUUUUCAUCUUGGUUCCCUCACGAUGUAUAUUCAUUGAGGAUGUUUUAGCUGAGGACUGAACCAAUGCCGAUAGAUAAGCAAAAAAAACUCAUAAACGGAAUAUACCUUUAUUCUGCACUCCUGCCAUAUUUUUAAAUUGUGUUUGUUUAUAAUAUUUUCCAGAAAGUAUAUAUGAUCAGGAUAUAAGCAA